CCAUAUCCGCGGUAAGGUAGUUUCUAAAAAGACUUUUUCAUCCCCUCGCCGCCCGCCGCCCGCCGCGAUUCACCCCCGCCAGGUCGCCACGCCCGCAGCCCGCCGACGCAAAGCCGCGCGCGAGGCCUCUCCCCUGCGUACGCGGCGAUGAAGAUCGUCCACCGCGACCUCGUUCGCAACGGGCCUGGCUCCGUCAAGUUGGUGCCGGAGGAGGAGGACGACUUGUGGCACGCGUACAACCUCAUUGCCAUUGGUGACAGCCUCCAGGCCGUCACCGUACGGAAAGUGCUGAGAGAGGUGGCAUCUGGAGGACGUGAUGCCGAGCGUGUGAAGCUUAAGUUAGAAAUUGUAGUCGAGUCUGUAGACUAUGACAAGGAGGGAUCUGUUUUACGUGUGCGUGGAAAAAAUAUCACUGAGAAUGACCAUGUGAAGAUUGGCCAGUUCCACACGUUAGAGCUUGAGCUGAAGAGACCUUUUGUUCUACGAAAGGAAAUUUGGGAUUGGUUAGCACUUGAGACCAUUCAGCAAGCAUGUGAUCCUGCUGCAAGUGCUGAUCUAGCAGUUAUUCUCAUGCAAGAAGGACUUGCCCACCUAUUCCUCAUUGGCAAAAGCAUAACAGCAACCCGGGCACGUAUUGAAACAUCAAUUCCUAGGAAGCAUGGCCCUGCAAUUGCUGGCUACGAGACGGCCCUCAAGAAGUUCUUUGAGUAUGUUUUGCAAGCAUUUCUGAAACACAUUGAUUUUGAAGUUGUCCAGUGUACUGUAAUUGCAAGCCCAGGUUUUACGAAGGACCAGUUCCGCGAUUAUUUGUUUCUUGAAGCUGCACGGCGAGAUUUAAGAGUAAUAAUUGAGAACAAGCAACGCCUUGUUCUGGCGCAUGCAACAUCAGGUUACAAGCAUAGUUUAAAGGAAGUUUUGGACACACCAGGUGUGAUGGCACUGAUAAAAGAUACAAAAGCAGCACAGGAGGUCCGAGCUCUGCAGGAUUUCUUCAAUAUGCUUACUAAUGAGUCAGCUCGUGCUUGUUAUGGACCGAAGCAUGUUGAGUUUGCACUGCAACAGUUUGCUAUCCAGACUCUUUUAAUAACUGAUACUUUGUUUCGGAACGCUGACAUUGCUACGAGGCAAAGGUACGUGAAGUUGGUUGAAGAUGUCAAGAAAAAUAGUGGCACAGUACACAUAUUUUCCUCGAUGCAUGUCUCGGGCGAACAGUUGGCGCAACUGACAGGAAUAGCGGCUAUACUUCGUUUUCCUCUUCCUGAACUAGAGGACAUGGAGCUGUGAUGAAACCAACCUUUUUGCUUCUCGAUAACAUUCUUUUUGGUUGUGAUCUGUUAGCAUACUACCUGUAUCAUGUGUAACGUUAUGGAGCUAUUUGAUAUUGUAUAGGCAACCCUGGAAAGGAAUUCUGGUAUUUUUUAAGGUAUAUCCUAUUCGUUGUAAAUGGUUCAUCGUGCGUUGUUUGCCAGUUCUUUUUCUCGUUAAGGGCUAGUUUAGAAACCCUAAUUUCUCAAGGGUUUUUCAUUUUCCCAAGAGAAUUUAGUUCAUUUUCUCAUGGGAAAUUGGAAAUCUCAUGGAAAAAUAGGGUUGCCAAACUAGACCUAAGUCUUGUUGUUAUUUUUCACAUCCUAAACUAUCUGCAUGUAAAGUUACCACUGAGCGUUGGAGCUCCAGACAUCAGAACUAAUUUUCG